AUGGCGGGCUCCAUGGUGGACCGCGCCACCAGCGACCAUCUCAUCGGCCCGGACUGGGCUAAGAACAUGGAGAUCUGCGAGAUCUGCAACCGCGACCCCGGGCAAUCGAAAGAUGUUGUCAAGGCACUGAAGAAACGGAUUGCCCACAAGAAUCCAAAAGUUCAACUUCUUGCACUAACUCUGUUGGAAACUGUUAUAAAAAACUGUGGGGAUAUACUUCACAUGCAUGUCGCAGAGAGAGAUAUAUUGCAUGAGAUGGUGAAGAUAGUGAAAAAAAAGUCUGAUCCUCGUGUUAAAGAGAAGGUAUUAGUGCUGAUAGAUACAUGGCAAGAAGCAUUUGGGGGACCACGUGCAAGAUAUCCACAAUACUAUGCAGCAUAUCAUGAGUUGGUGCGUGCCGGAGCUGAAUUCCCCAAGAGACUCGAGAAACCUGCACCUUUGUUUAAUGAUCAGUCUCAAUCAGCAAGGAAUAUGCGUAGUCCUGACCAACAGGAUGAAGCAGAAUCUUCUGCUGCCAAUGAUUUUCCUGCUUUGAGCAUGUCAGAGAUUCAGAAUGCUCGUGGUAUCAUGGAUGUACUUGCUGAGAUGCUGAAUGCUUUAGACCCUGGAAACAGAGAGGGACUAAGGCAGGAGGUAAUUGUGGAACUCGUGGAUCAAUGCCGCACUUACAAGCAGAGAGUUGUGCAGCUAGUUAAUUCUACCACGGACGAGGAACUUAUGUCGCAGGGGCUUGCACUGAAUGAUGAUUUGCAGCGUGUUCUAGCAAAACAUGAUGCAAUAGCAGCAGGCAUUGCAGUUCGAGUGGAGAAAAAACCAAAGUCUUUGCAAGCACUUGUGGAGACCGAGGAUUCGGCAAUCCAGGACUCCAAAAAGGAGCAGGGACUCAUAGAUAUUGAGGAACCCACAAGCCAAGAUGCUGCAAAAGAACCAAAUCAAAGUACAAGUGGCCAAUCUCCUUUUGAGCAAUUAGCUCUUCCAGCACCACCAGUGUCAAAUGGCGCAGCAACCUCAGCACCAGAAUCUGAUCUUGGCAUUGAUCUUCUGAGCUGGGAUGAUACCCCUGCCCCUGCUACAGCACAAAAUUCACUUGCUCUUGUUCCUGUCACAGAUCCUCUUGCGGACUCUACUUCAUCAAAUCAAAAUGCGCUAGCAAUUGUCGACACAUUUUCACAAAACAGCACCGCUAACAGCAAUGCUCAACCAGCUGACCCCUUUGGUCUCAAUCCAAGUUCUGCUAUUCCAGGAACACAGCCAUACAACACUCCAACUCAGCAGCCUUUCCAGUCACAACAGCCUCCGCAGCAGGCAGCACUCUAUCCGAAUGGGGGUGCUGUGAACCCUGGAACGUCUUACGAUCAGGCAUCCCAGUUUAACAACGUUAGUUCUGGGUGGAAUGGUCAAGCUGCCAACCCGGCAGUGUCCCCACCAGAGCAAGCACUGAAUUACGAUGAUCAAAGUGGAAACCUUCCUCCACCUCCUUGGGAGGCUCAGCCAGCGGCAAGCAAUGAAGUGCCAAACGGCCAAUUGGGAGGCAUGCAACCUCUCCCAGGGCCAGCUGGCCAGAUCGGCGGCAUCCAGCAGCCACUGCCACCACAAGUUAACCACAUGGGAGUUCCACAAAGCCAGCCAAUGUACAGUAACCAACCAGGAGUCAGGCUGCCUCAACAAGCGAUGCAACCCGGUCAAGUUGCAGCAACACAGAUGCAGCAAGGCUUCGGAAACCAGCAGUUCGGUUCGCUACCACCGACAUCCAUGAUGGGCAUGCAAUUCGGUGGCAUGCAGCCUCCACAAAUGUAUGGCGGAUCGCAGCCAGUCAUGAUGUACCCGCAACAAAUGCCAGUCGUGCAGUACGGAGCAAUGCCACAGCAGCAGCCGAUGUAUGGUGGUCGGUUGGCAGGGUACAUGCAGCAUCCUGCUGUGGCUGCUGCACACUACUAUAACAACCAGGGGACUGCGGGAAUGUAUGGGUACCCUGGUGCGAAUGGGCUGUCUCAGAGCAUGUAUGGCCUCUCGGUGCAGGACAACUCGUCCAUGGGGAUGAGCUCGUCGUACCAGACUACGACGGCGCCACCCUCCGUGGGGCAACCAAUGAAGCCGACGAAGCCCGAAGACAAGCUUUUCGGUGACCUCCUGAGCAUUGCCAAGACGAAGAAAGCUUCAUGA